AAUCGUUAGUGUUGUAACUGACUAACCAGACAAAAAGAAAGAGAGAAUACUGAUCGCCAUGAUCAUUGACCGAAUUUGCGAGGGGUAUUCAGGGUUGUUGGACACUGACACGGAUGUCAUGACGAGUCCGGUCAACCUGUGGUCGUUUUACGGAUGCUCGUCCCCCGGACAGGAACCCGGACACGUGUCUCCAUGGAAACCGAGCGGAGAGGUCGAAGAAAGCGGAAGUACAGCCGGGAGUCCUCAGCGCCCUGACAGCAGCUUCACCGCCUGCCACGUUGACGCUCAAGAGAUUUCCUGGCUGCCGAGUCCACGAUACCAGGGAGUGCGUGUGAGAAACACGGUAAAAGAGCUCAUUAUGCAGAGACGUAACAGUGAAGUACAGGUGCAGCCAAAUAAGAAUGACAUUGAAUUCCCAGCCUUAACUGUUUUGCUUCAGAAUGGAAAAAGAGCCUCUGAGAAUGCCUCACCUCACUGCGCCACUAAAAGACCUGCCACAGAACACAACAAUGUUCUGUCUCCAUAUCUCCCAACUGAGAACAUCCUGAAGGAGCAAAACAUCUAUGAGGAACUUGAUGACAUCUUAAGGAACACAGGGGUAUCUAUCGACUCUGUGAAGGUGCAGGGCAGUCCAAUAUCAAUCUGCCACCCACCUCAAGGCACUACACAAGAAGCACUACCUUCCUUCUACUCUACCACUACCGCAUCCAGUCCGCUUUAUAACAGCUGCCAGCCUUGUCAGGUUACAGAGAGCCCAUACUCGUCUCCAUUCCAGAGCCUGAGCCCACAGCAUGGAUUUGGGCCCAGUGUGAAUACAGCUCCUCCGGUGUCCUUUUUCCAGUGGCAGAUCGAGCAAGAGGAGAAGAAACUGGCCGGAUUGAGCCCUCUGGAUCUCGUCUCCAGGGACGAGGAUGGAGAUACGUUCCUUCACAUUGCUGUGGCUCAAGGGAGACGAGCCCUGGCUUACGUGCUUGCCAGAAAAAUGUAUGAUAUCGGCAUGCUUGACGUCAAAGAGCAUAACAACCAGAGUGCGUUCCAAGUAAGCGUGGCAGCCAACCAACACCUCAUUGCACAAGAUCUUCUUUCAAUUGGAGCCAUGGUAAACACUGCGGACUGUUGGGGCCACUCCCCGCUUCACGUGUGCGCUGAAAAAGGACACACUCUGAUUCUACAGGCCAUCCAAAAAGCUAUGCAGAAUAGUGGCCUGAAGGUGAACGUUGAGGCCGUCAACUAUGAUGGCCUUACAGCUCUACACGUGGCCGUCCUGACCCACAAUGCAGUGGUGCAGGAGUUGAGCCGUAUAUCGGCACCUCAGUCUCCCCAAACCGCGGCUCUGAUGCAGAAGAGGAAGCUGCUUGGGGAAUGCAUCAGCACUCUCCUGGUUAUGGGUGCCUCUUAUGGUACAAAGGAUCGCAAAAGCGGGCGCACCGCCCUGCACAUGGCUGCUGAUGAGGCCAACGUUGAGCUUUUGCGUCUUUUCCUGGACCAGCCAGACUCUCUUUCCUUCAUCAAUAACAAGGCAUAUAAUGGCAACACUGCACUGCACAUGGCUGCCGCGCAAAAUGGCCGCCAGGCGCAGGCACAUGCCGUCCAGCUGCUGAUGAGGAGAGGAGCCGAUCCAAGUGCCAAGAACCUGGAGAACGAGCAGCCCAUUCAGCUAGUGCCAGAGGGUCCUGUCGGGGAUCAGGUGAGAAGAAUUCUGAAAGGCCGUGGCCCGCAGGUUCGCUCCUGCUUGCUGUAGCAAUACCAAUCUCGCCCGAUCUCCAUUCUUCAGAAACGCUGUCAGUCAGGCAGUCCGGUCUGUGUAUAGUCUCAUUUGCCAGUAUAAGGCAGAUGUCAGUUGUUUCUAUGAAACAAGUUUAACAUUGUUCACUACUGUGUAGUAAAAGAGAAAAGCAAGUUGAGCCCAGAGUUUGUAGUUCUGGAAUUAAACAGGAAUGAAUAGAUGCACUAAAAAUAAAAAUAAAAAAAACAAACUCCGUGACAUCUCUGGGCUCUGGUGGGUAAAGGUUUGAUUUUUAUUAUAUUGUUAAUUCUGAUCAUUAUGUUGUCAGCAUGUGUACUGCUGUUAUUUUGAUUUAUUUAAUCAAAUUUCCAAGAGAAUGUUGGUGGAAAGCUGUACAGGGAAGUAUAAAGUUCACUGCUAUCAGCGUGAUUAAGCAUUGCUUAGUCAUCAGACUUCAACUCUUCGCCAGCUUCCUCAUUUCUGUAAUGUACUCUUUAUCCUAAAGCAUAAGCGCCAGCGUAAGCGAAAUGACAUUUCAGCACGUUGACCUUGAUGUUAUAUAUUCAGAUAUUUUCAGAUUUGCAGGUACCUGUUUCAACACGACUAUUUCAUGUGUGUGUGUAAAAUGUUCAAAGCAUAAUUCUAAGAGCUUUCAUGUAUUCAAGUCUUAUGUAUGCCAUAGAAUGUUGGCAUGCAAACAUGUUAAAUAUCUCAUGAGGGUUAACAAUUAAGUUUUUCUUACUUUUAUGUGCAUAUAUCUGUGUGUAAGUAAGUAA